GUUUGAUUUUGUUGUUUGUUUUCGCGUUCUGUUCCCUUAUCUCAGAUUGUAACAUUUCUGAUACUUCUUACACACUGUAAUAAGAAACCUAUUGGUUUAAGAAGCUAUUCCGAUGGGAGCAGAUGAACAAAACCAAGAAGAACACUCAGAGAAACUGGAAGAUGAGAAUACUGUUACUACAUGUAUUGCAGGUGUUGUGGAUCCAGAAGAAAACAGAGAUUUUGGUGAAAUACGGAAAGAAAGCCUUCAAAGUGCAAUUAAUUUAGAUUCUCUAGAUGAUCCUCAAAAACGAAGGCAAGAGAGGCUAUUCUCUGCAAAAGGUGUUGUGGAUCCAGAAGAAAACAGAGAUUUUGGUGAAAUACGGAAAGAAAGCCUUGAAAGUACAAUUAAUUCAGACUCUCUAGAAGGUCCUCAAAAACGAAAGCAAGGGAGGCUAUUCUCUGCAAAAGAUAACUGGUACGACGACCCCAAUCAGUUGGAUUACAUAAAUGACUGUAGAUCACAUGGGGCUACACCCUCAGGGUACUUUCUACGUCAUAUGAAGGAUGAGAACCUAAAACUGAAUUGUAGUGCAUUAGGAAUUAAAAAGCUCAAGCCAAUUUUUCUUAGCAUUUCAAAUAGUUACAACAUCACACAUCUGGACUUAACCUGCGCUUGUCUCACUGAUGAGUAUGUUUAUCCAUUAUGUCAUAUGUUACGAGAGAAUAUUUUUAUAACGAAUUUAAAUUUAUCUGAAAAUCAAUUCACAUCUCAAUCCAUUGAACAACUCUGUCAAACACUUGCAUCAUCAACUGAACUUUUACAAUUAAGCUUAAGAAAAAAUUUAUUUGAUGAUACUGCUGGAAAAUAUUUUUCGGAAUUAAUUGAAACUACAUUAAGCUUAAAACAUCUAAAUAUUUCUUAUAAUGAUUUGGGUGAAUUAUCUUGUCAAUAUAUUGGGAAAGCAUUACCACAAGCGAAAACGCUAACAGAACUUGAUUUAAGUUGGAAUAGAUUUGGAAGAGGAAAAAUGAACUUUAUUGCCAAAGGUCUAGCUGAAAAUAAAAUUUUACAAUAUCUCAAUUUAUCUGCCAAUGGAAUUGGUCCAAAGAAUGGAUGUACAGAUUUAGCUUUAGCAUUAAAAUAUAAUACAAAACUUCAAACAUUAGAUUUAAGUGACAAUAGAAUAAAUCCAGAAGGUUGUGUAUUGUUGAGUAAAGGCUUCUAUGUGAACUCAACAUUAACUUGCUUACGAAUGACAGGAAAUCCAAUGCAAACUGCUGGUUGUUAUGCUAUUUUAGCAGGUAUUCUAAAAAAUCCAAAAUGUGGAUUAUUGGAACUUGAUGUACAGGAUAUUAUAGUAAAUCAAGAUUUCCUUGAUUUACAAGAUUCAGCACGAAUUAAACUACCAAAUUUAUGCGUAAGAUGUGGUCAUAAAACAACUGAUAAAAUUCGUCUCCUGUCACCAAGUUUCAAACGAUCUGAGAAUAAUAGUCCUAAAGAAAUUUUAAUUACAAUGGGACGUUUAACAAAACAAAGUUUAGCUGAUUUAUUGCAUCCAUUAGAUAAGAUUGGUAAUAAAACUAUUGCAAGACAAGUGUUUGUAAAAAUUUUAAAUAAACUUGGAAUACAAUUUACUGAAGAACAAAUGAAAUUAUUAAUGCAAGAAUUAGAUCCAAAAAAUCGAGAAGAGAUUAACUAUACAGAUUUUGAAUUGUAA